UAGAGCUAGUGAGGAGCUAACUCCCUGUGUGUGUGUGUGUGAGAUCUCCUGGCUCAUUCUCGGCGGUACCUGCAGACAAAAACCGAAAAAUAACAACCUGUAGAAGCGUUUUAUGAUUUACAAAAGAUACGGAUUCGGAGGUUUGCUUGUGUAGUAGCCGCCAGGCUGUUGGGACAGGAGCUCGUUAGUGAAAUGGUGAACCCAGGGGCCGCAAUCUGUGGGCUUAGCAUUGUGGCUACUUGCGCUGGUGCUAACUUAGCUUAGCUUAGCUUAGCCUAGCCUAGCAGGCUAAGGUAGCUAAGCUGUGUUAGCCAGAAACUCGCGUUUAUUUAGUUUUUUUUAAAUAUUUUUUUAACUUUAAAUUCACCCAACAGCAGCGUCGUUGUAUUGACGUCGCAAAAAAAAAAACGUCAAACUUUAAAAAGGCCUUUUUUCUUUUUUUUUGUAGUCGGGAGGGAAAAGCAGCUCGUUGGCUCUCGGCUAACGCUCAGCUAAUUUACCGCGCUGCAAUGCACAGAGAGGUCAGCGGCGUUUGAGUCGUCUCCCCUCGGGUCGGUCAGCCAGCAGUUACCGGGCAUUGUGCGGUAUGUGCAGCCACUGGCAUGCUGAACAUCCCUCAGGAACCGUAGUGGGGGGGUUGCCUGGUGAAAACGUUACAGACAACGUGAGCGCAGGCCGGUUUCUGACUGCCCGUGUAGUUGUGAUAUGAAGGCUUGUAGUUCGUGUGGUUGUUAAAAGUUAAAGCUGCUUCAAGCACUGGAGUUGUGCAGGCGACAGGGCCUUCACAGGGUGCUGGGGGUGUAGUUGUUCCUCCUCCACUGCGUUGUUUCACGACGCCUCUUUAAACAUGUAAAAGUUGAAGCCAAAGUUUGCAGAGCCACGAUGUAACAUCACACUGAGCUGGUGGGUUUUUUUUUAAAGUGCAUGCAUUGGUGAGAAGGCGAGAGGUAGCAAAAACAAUUAAAAAAAAUGAACAAUUCAGGAGUGUUGCCUCAAGAAAAGAUGGAGCUGGAUCUGGAAAUCCCAUCUUCGUUAGCGCAGAGCGAUGGACACUUGAGGAGAUCCAACAGUGCACCCAUGAUAAACGGCUUAAGUGAUAACUCCCAAGUGUUCCAGAGAGAGGUCCUGCGUAGCCGGAGAAAUAGCACUACAGUUGUGAACAGGCCCAACAUGGUCCCUUCGUCACCCAUUCGCGUCCCCAGCACCAGACUGCAUCAGAUAAAACAAGAGGAGGGUGUGGACGUGAUGAACAGAGAGACUGCUCAUGAGCGGGAAGUUCAAACCGCCAUGCAGAUGAGCCAGUCUUGGGAAGAAAGCCUUAGCCUGAGUGACAACGAUUUGGAGAAGUCCGCAUCUUCGUCCCCGAAGCGCAUCGACUUUGUUCCUGUGUCGCCGGCCCCGUCCCCGACCAGAGGGAUCGGAAAAAAGCAGUGUUUCUCUCCUUCACUACAAAUCCUUGUGAGCAGCAACGGCCUAACACCCAGCCCGAUACCCAGCCCGACGCGACGCUUCAGCCGACGAAGUCAAAGCCCGAUCAACUGCAUCAGAGCCAGCAUACUUGGGCCAAUGAAACGCAAAGGUGAGAUGGAGACGGAGAGUCAGCCUAAGAGGCUCUUCCAGGGCACCACCACCAUGCUGUCUUCUGAUGUCUCCAACCUGUCAGAUCUCGGUUCCUGUCACUCUCCAGAUUUACUGGAUGGCAGCCUCAGCAGCGUCGGCUCCUCCACCGACUCACCGGGCAAAAUGGAGGGAGUGUCGCCCUCCUCGUCCAGCAACUCCCCCUUCGCUUCCCUCCAGGAUUUGUCCCCAAAGUGAGCCUGGGAGAGCAAGAGACACUAGAAAGGACCGCCUCCAAAAAAGCCUCUCUCCAGGGAAGAAGUUUCCUUCUCAGACCCUCCAUCUCACCAUCGCCUAGAUUUGGUUUAAGUGGAAUUUUUCAUGGGGUUUUCUCCGAGUGGCGGCUUUCAUGGCUACGUUUUGAGGGUCUAGAUAUGUUUUUGAAUUAAGGAAGUGAAAGCCAUGGGUGAGUUUUUGUGUGUAAGAGAUGAGCCUAGUGAAACUAGGAAUGACUGAAGACACUGUGAGCACCAGCUGCUAGUAGAUGACCUUGGAUGGUGCUUGGCUUUCGUAGUGAUAUAAGUGGCUAUACUUCAAAUCUGUCCUACCAGUUCCCCUCACUGGAGAGAGACAUUGAGCACUGGACAAAUAAAAUAAAAAAAGACUAUUGGAUGUGUACAUUUCCCUGUUUUUGUGCUGGAAAACUUCUGUCCACAGGCCUUUUUGUAUGUACGCAGUCUGCAGAUUUUGUAAGAAAAGAUUUAACUUAUUGUUUUCCUGCUUGGUUGUAAUUAUGUACAUAUUAACCUUGUCAAAUGUCGUACAUAGUUUUAAGUUUGUGAUUGGCUGUGAGAUGAAUGUGGGCACAAGUCUUCAACAGCAGAAGUUUUAUUUGUAAAAGAACAUGAACUACUUCUGGGGUACAACUAUAGAGAUUUCCUUACUGUCACACUGUAAGAGAAGUUAUGUUUUCAGCAGAUAUUUUUAUGAUAGAGGCUGUGAACUGUGUAUUUUUCUUUUCCUUUUUCAGUCUGACUUUUAUGCCACCUUCCCCCAUGAAUUGCUGCAACUUUAAUUGCCGAGUAUGAGCAAUUAAUGCACCUAGCAGUUUAUUACGGAUGAAGUAUUUUGAUCAUCACUGUUGGGCUUUCAACACUAAAGGUUCCUCUGUAUCCUGUGUUCUUGUCAGGAUGUUUUUGUAGAUAAACAGAGUAUCGAAAUGAAUCAGUUUUCUUUCUUCUGGCGAAAUGUUCUUAUUUAUGGAAAGAAAUGUUUAUUAUAAAAAAAAUUGGAUGGCGAUAGGUUUCUAUCCCCAGUAAUAGAGAACCAUUCGUGUUGUCAUUUACACCAAAUCAACUGACUGCUGGAACGUGAAGCAAAAACAAAUUGGCACCGUCGCAUUGUGAGUAAAGAGACUGCUGUUUCUGCUGUGGCUACGUUUUUAUGAAAAGAGCUUUUUGCACAGAACACUCGAUCCUGUAACGUUUCAGCCUGUGUAUGAGCAGGGAAACGUAAAAAACAAGAUCUUAAAAACAGUAUAAAGGUUAAGCCUGUAUUUUAGCACCUUGAUUUGCUUUCAAAUGUCGAGGCCCCAGUGCCCACACGACCUGUGUCACCCUUAGUGGCUCUGGAGCCUUUAAUGUGUAUGUACAAGAGGAAGUGAUUGUAAAUCAUUUUAUGGAAGUGUGCCCUUUUAAGUUAAACAAAAGCCUGGUUGCAGUUCAUUUACUGAAUGUCUUAUUCCUUUAUACAAAGUGGAAAAGCCUCCAGCUUGCCCUGCUGUUAAGAUUUAUUUUUUUCUCAAGUCAUUUUAUGAAGCGUUCAGGGCAUGAAUUUAGCAAAUAAUCUUAUACUAUACUGUAUGUCUAUAAUGGAAAAGGCUGUAAUCUACCAAGCUAGCUAACACCGUGCCCAUGCUUGUGUCUUUUGUGAUUGCAAUCGUAGCAGACAUCAGGACUAAAUAAAUUAUUUCUUUAUUAUGUG